AUGGCCAGAACUUUACCCCUUGUUUCUUCCAAAGAAGUUGAGAAACACAAUAGCAAGAAAAGCUGCUGGGUUACCUUAUACGACAGAAAGGUGUAUGAUGUUACUAACUUCUUGAACGAACAUCCAGCUGGCGGCGAUCUCAUCUUGCCUUAUGCUGGUAAAGACGUGACCAAGAUUAUGGCUGACUCUGUUUCACAUGAACAUUCGGAAUCUGCCUACGAGAUGUUGGAUGACGGCAUGUUGGUGGGCUACUUGGCUACUGCUGCUGAAGAGAACGAUUUGUUGAACAACAAGAAUAAGACGGCCGUGGAGGUCAAGUUGUCGAAUAGUGAAGACUCCGAUAUCUAUGAGUUCCAUGACAAGUUGCCUGCUGCUGAGAAGAUGUCUAUUCAGACGGACUACGACGACGAUAUCAAGAAACACAAGUUCUUGGACUUGAAUAAGCCGUUGUUGAUGCAGGUUUUGUUUGGAGGUUUUUCCAAGGACUUCUACUUGGACCAGGUUCAUAGACCCAGGCACUACGGUAAGGGCUCUGCCCCAUUGUUUGGCAAUUUCUUGGAACCUCUUUCCUUAACUCCAUGGUGGCUUGUACCUACGGUAUGGUUGCCUCCAAAUCUCUAUUUGUUCUACUUGGGAUUCACAAACCAAUCGAAGGUUAUUGCUCUUUCUCUUUGGGUGAUGGGCUUGUUCGUAUGGACUUUUGUAGAGUACUGUUUGCAUAGAUUCUUGUUCCAUUUGGACCACUACUUGCCCGACCAUCCUGCUGCCUUGGCGUUGCACUUCUUGUUGCAUGGAAUCCACCACUAUUUGCCUAUGGAUGGAUACAGAUUGGUUUUGCCUCCAACGUUGUUUGUCUUUUUGGCCUAUCCAUUCUACAGACUCGUCUUUGGCAUAUUCCCCUUCUACAUGGCUUGUUCGGGCUUUGCUGGUGGCACUUUGGGCUACAUCAUGUACGACGUCACCCACUACGUGUUGCACCAUACAAACUUGCCUUCCUACCUUCAAGAAUUAAAGACCUAUCACUUGGAGCACCACUACAAGAACUACGAGUUGGGUUUCGGCGUCACCAGUAAGUUCUGGGACGUUAUUUUUGAAACAGAAAUCACUUCCACCUUCCAAAAAAGAAACUGA